AUGCAGAACGACGCCGGCGAGUUCGUGGACCUGUACGUGCCGCGGAAAUGCUCCGCCAGCAACCGCAUCAUCGGCGCCAAGGACCACGCGUCCAUCCAGAUGAACGUGGCCGAGGUUGAUAAGGUGACGGGCAGGUUCAACGGCCAGUUCAAAACCUACGCUAUCUGUGGGGCCAUUCGCAGGAUGGGUGAGUCGGAUGACUCCAUCCUCCGACUGGCCAAGGCUGAUGGCAUCGUUUCAAAGUAA